CGCCUCUUCUGCUAGAAGAAUGUUGCCGGCUCCGUGCUCUUCCUAUUCGAAUAGCCAAAGAUCGGACAUUAAUCGACGAGUAAGAAAAGCUCAGAGGGAUGCUGUCGUCGAUCUCGUCCAAUCCACAAUCGACACAUUCCUCUCGAAGCCAUGCGAUGAGCCGCAAGUGCUUACUAUACGAGUGCCUGACAUCAGUGUUACUGUAGCGGAAUUGACUCCAGAUGAGGCGUCACUGAUGGUCAAUAAUCCAUACUACGACAAGCUGCUAGAAGCAGGUGAAAAUAAAAAGAGGGUGCAUGCGGCUUGUGCCGCAGCUAGACGAUUCUUGGUUGAGCAAGCUGUCCCCAAGAAUGCGCGUCCACCCGAACUAAAAAAGCCAAAGAAAGUACCAUCUUCGACCCCUAAGCCAGACCGUGUGGAUCUACCCUCUGCAGUUUGGUCUCGACGAGGAGCUGGGAUUGAUAUGCAUCCCAGUGGUAUUGGCUCAAAUGAAUCGACAAGCAUGAGCACUGUGUCAACUGCGACCGGAAAGUCAUUCCCUCAAAUGCGUUUCCCCAGUAGAAGCUCCUCUACCUACGGAAGUUCGACUAAUGGGGAGAGCAAAUGA